AUGGGUCUCGCAGGAGCGAAGAACAAGCGGAAGUUAGCCAAAGAUCCCAACAAUACAAAGUGGUCUCGAAACACCGACGGCUUUGGCCACAAGAUUCUGCUCUCACAGGGUUGGCAACCGGGAGACUACCUUGGAGCUAAAGAUGCACCUCAUGCAGAGUUUCAUACCGCAGCGAACUCGUCACACGUACGGGCCGUACUGAAGGAAGACAACCUCGGUCUUGGUGCAAAGCGCAAUCAGGGAGAUGAAUGUACUGGACUGGACGCUUUUCAACAGCUGCUGGGUCGGCUCAAUGGCAAGAGCGAGGAAGUUCUCGAGACAGAGAGGAAGGCAAAGGCGGACCAUCAAAUGAACGUCUAUAUCCACAGGAAAUUUGGCACCAUGCGAUUUGUCAAGGGCGGCUUUCUUGUCGGUGAUCAAGUAUUAGAGCAACUGGCAGUGAAAACCACACAGAUCAAGAUCGAAGCUUCCGCGGAGGUGUCCAGUUCAUCUUCGGCUGACGAAGCUGAGAAGAAACCUUUGAAGGAGAAGAAGUCAAAAAAACGUAAGGCGGAGGGCGAUUCGGAGUCAAAGAGCAAAAAACGGAAGAAGCAGAAAGCUCAAGACGAUGAUCAGAGUCAAAGCGAGGCUGUCUCCCGACGGAAGGAUAAGAAGAAGCAAAGGAAAGAGGAAGCGGCUGUGACAGAAGGUGAGGUCGCUUCAGAGACAGUGGAAAAGCCACGAAAGAAAGACAAGAGCAAGAAGUUAAAUAGCUCUAUGGAACCAACACCAGCAGACACACCCGAAUCUACUCCCACAGCAGUCAUGGAUCAGCAGGCGUUAAAUCAGCCUACCCGCCUCUCUGAGUUCUCUUUCACCCACCUACCCUUCAUUGUCACAACUGACUGGCCGAGAUGCACAAUGGACGAGAGGCGCUUGACGUACGCUGAGGUGGCUGACGGCCGCCACUUGUCCAUCCGAAUGGAGCAGAGUUCUCAGCAGCUCAACAACUCUGGGUCUGAUCAAACCAUCACUGCACCAGUUGGGCCAUUUUCAGAGCUCGAAGAGCUUGUAGGCGACUAUCUUAUACCUCCUUUCCAUGUUGAUCCGCUGCUGUCACCCCCAUCCUCACCCGAAUCCACUGUCGUGGGCGCCUCACGACCUUGGACGUCAUCGGCAGAACCAUUGUCCUGUAAAGAUGCAAGGACUGCUGGUACUGCCCUAAGAAUGGAGAAGAAGCUCUGGAACCCUAGUGAUUCAUUCUCCGAGAAUGAAUACGAUGAAUGCUGCCUUCACAACCCAGGCUACUCCAUCAGCAACGCCUCUCAGGAUGCUCUUGACUCACACUCAGACUCCGUUGAGCCCAAACCUGGCAAAGCGCAUUCGGAACUCUUGUCAGCUGGCAACAUGACUACACCUAUGAGCUCAGCUGAGGGAUCUUCCAGCCCAAAUUUUGAGGGCUACAAGAAUUCUAAUCAGCUCACCAACACCUCAGGUACGGCUGACAACGCUCCUACCGUCAAGAUGACAGCACCUACGGAUGUCGAGGUCCAAGUCUCCAACCCGAUGGACGAUGACGCUGAGCCUGCCGGCGCCGGUCCAAAGUCUACCGAAGCGAAGUCAACCAGACCUGAGAGCAUCGGCUCCGAUUCCCAGGCGUCCAGCUUGACGAAGCGAGCUGAUCUGAUGCCGCGAUUCGCCAAGGGCAAAGGCAAGGAGCCGUCCACCGAGAAGAAUUCAUCCACGACCGAGGAUCUCUCCAAGGCGACCGAGCAUCUUUCAAUCACUUCAGUUGAGACCUCUUCCGCGGGUGACGAGAAGAAGCGCAAGGAGUCUGACCUCAAGGAGGCAAUGCUUCGCGCUCUUGAUCAAGGCGACACUCCGUAUGUAUUCUGCUACGACUCACCUCACGUUCUCCUCUCGAGAGAACUUACUAACAUCGGCAUCGGAAGUUUGUGGGAGAACAACGUCGGUUGGGAUGUCUUGAUUCAGUGCCGUGGUCACACUUGGCGCGUCCAUCGCGAUAUUCUCUGCGAGCAGUCGCCGGAGUGGAUGGCCAAAUACAUUCCGCCCAAGCUUCCGAACAAGGCGCCUGUCACCUGGAAACUGGACUCUCAUGAUCCAAGAAUGCUCGGCAAUGCCUUGCAAUUCAUGUAUCUUCGCCGAUUCGAGCACGGAGAGAUGGACCCCGAGUAUCCUUACGAGACAGGUUGUAUCGUUACCAACGUCGCCAUGUACAUCGCCGCAACAAGUGUCCGCUGUCGUAACAUGAUGGAUAUGGCCAUUAACAAUCUGGAGGGUGCCGGCGAGAUCAUCGAGACAGCUGCCCCUGACUUGGCCCACAUGAACGUCGAGAGCUUUCAGGAGCCUCUCCGCCGCGCGCUGCUCAUCAUGUAUGAACAGCCUGACCAGUGGAUUAUGCGCGGCUUGCGUCUUGCCAUGGCUAGACUCGUCGCAACCUUCUACGGAUUCAUUGUACUGAACCCCGCCUGGGCCCGCUAUGAGACUGAGUGGAUGGCAGUGCACCACUUCAUCAUGGAAGACAACAUGUUCUUCGGACAGAGUGGCUGUCUGCGCCUUGUUCCCGCAAUUCAACGCCGUGUCUUGAAUGCUCUCGUCAUUCAAGCAUACAACGGCACUCGUACUGCUCCGCAGCUUCAUACUGCGAACGGUGGCUCCGCAAGCUCAGCUACCAGAGCCAGAGCCAGAGUCACCUCUCUGCCUAUCACUUCUUCACAGCAAGGUCUUCCUGUGAUCUACAACUUGAACACGGCCUCGGGCCCCGUUGCUACAGACAAGGGGGUAUCUUCCGGUCAGCCCAAUUUCAAGUAA